AAUUCACAAAGUAAAAGUUCACGAUAGUUUGCGCUGGGCGGCGGUGCGGAGAACAAAGCAGCAGCUUCUUCCUCGCCUUUUCUCCUCCCCACCGCUCCUCCUCCCCCCAGCUCACCCACUCCUCCUCUAUGUUUGUCUUCCCGGCGAAUGACGACAGCUACCGCAAACGCAGAAGAGCACACAAGGCCUGCGAGCAGUGCAAACGCAGACGGAAACGAUGCGAGGCUCCCUUCAAGAACCACGAGCGCUGCGCUCCCUGCACAAAAGCUGGAAUCUCUUGCAGUCUCGUCGCGGCCGCUGCAAGAAAUGACGAUCUGGACGACGACGACGACGACGUUGAGCAGACCAGCGCGUCGAUAAAAACCGACGUGACCCCCGUCCGUCCACCUCUCGUUCGCUCUCACUCUGCAGAGACUCCAAGAUCAGCAUCUUCUUCUCACUACUCAAUCCUAAAGCCCUCCCGACCCCAGCUCUCCACCACCGUCACUACAUCCUCCACUGAUCCACUCGCCACGACCAUAUCCGCCGGACUAGACCCCUCCAUAUCUCUACGCUCCCCUCAACUCUCCCCAUUUGCGCCUAACCACUCAGACAAUGACCCGCAUCUAUCCUCCUCCUUGGCUGCUCUCAAUCUCCCUUUCGGGUCUCCUCCGUCCCAGAUCAGGUCAUCUGCUCCCAACUACAAGGGCAAGUCCGCCUCGUCUCCUGCAGCGUCAGCAGCUGCCACGGCCGCUGCCGCUGCCGCUCCUGUGGCGUCUUCUACAGCAGCGGUAUUUGAAGACACCAUUGCUACUCCGGCUGCUCACGAGCAUAUGACAGCGCGGCCAACCAAGAAAUCGAAACUCACUGGUGCCAACUCCUCCUUCUCCGCAUCAGUGGCAACUGAUCCCACUACUUCUACCACCGCGGGCGGUUCCACUAUACCCACAGAUACAACUUUCGACUCUGACACAAGCUCCAGAGUUCCCACCGAACCCACCGCAGUCGGAUCGACGCGCUUCAUCGGCGAUCUCGACCCCGCCUCUGUGAUUCUCACUCUCAGAAAUGUGGAAAAAGAUGAGAUAGGCGUAUGGGUCAAAGGCGCAUCUAUCCACCAGCCGCUCAACAAGCACUUGCUCACAUAUCUUGACUCCCUCCAUGCCUUCGAUCUACCGCCGAAGCGCGACCGUGAAGGCUUGAUUCACACCUACUUCAAGUUCCUACACCCGCUCCUUCCCCUGCUCGACAAAACCGCAUUUCUGAAAAUGCACGCCAGAGACGAAUGUCCGACCCUUCUUCUUCAUGCAGUACUACUUUCUGCGUGCCGUCACCCUUCAGCUCGCAAAUAUCUGCAGUCUCGAUCGCCGCGCUACUUUGCCUCUCUGACCGCAACCAAGAUCCGAGCUCUUAUGUUUGCCGAAAUCGAGCGCGACAAACUCACCGUCGUACGCGUCCUUGCUCUUCUUUCUUUGCACUCUGAAGGCUCAGACGGCCUUGAGAAAUCAUGCUCCGAUCUUGAGAAAGCAUUCCACUACGCUCAUUUUCUUGGAAUACAUCACGAGAGGCGAUCGCAUCCCGACCAGGCACCUAUGCGUAGGCUUUGGUGGUGUCUCUGGUGUCUUGAUCGCAUCUCGGCAUGCGUCUCUGCGCGGCCUGUAAUUUCCCGACUCGACGAUGUCGGAGUUUCUGGUCUGCGAGAAGAUGAAGAAGGCUGGCUCCCAAAACUGUAUGAAGUCUGUAAGCUGCUGGACAGCGUCAUUGCGAUGUAUCGCCCUAUGGGAUCUACUUUACCUCCCGAGGUUGACUUUGAAGUCACAUACGGCGACAGCGAUGACUCUCCUAUUGCCGCGCUUCUGCACCUUCUACGCCACGCAGCCUGCAUUCUUGCCCACAAACGUGCCCCCGAAUCACCAGAGGCAAACGCGGCAAUGCUCUUGCACUCUACCCGGCAAAUUCUCUACAUUGUCAAAACAGUCCCUGCGCUACCGCCGCUCCCUGCUGUUCCGUAUGCAGUUUCUUUGACUUUGACGGUAUAUCUACGACUAUUUCCCUCGCCGGAAGCGAUUGAGGGAUGGCACGAGAGCUGCGCGGUGCUUGAUGACUUGUCCAAGACAUGGUGGGUCGCUGAAGCAAUGGGUGGCAUGGCGCGCAGUGUUUUCAGAAAGUUAGAAGAAAAUCUGGCUGAUCGGCAGACUGAGGAAGCAGCUCCUGCUCCGGUUGCACAUAAUUUCAAAACGAGGGGUAAUGCUGCAAAUUCAAAAAAGAGGAAAGAGACAAAGGGUGCCAAGAGUGGUGUAUCGUUCGCUGAGCCGUCUGUUUCGUAUACGAACCAGAUCCCGUCGCCAUCAGGCGCGAAUAAUGAUCCGCCUUCGAUUUAUCGACAAACUCCUGGUGAUACCUCUACACCUUCGACACAGGCACCAACGAUCUCUGUUCCCGCGUCUACUUCUCUAGAUGCACCGACCCCGUCUCUAGAAACCCAGUUUCUCGAAAUGUUUUCCGAUCUACCGAACCCAACAAGUUUCCUGGACCAGGCGCUAAUGCUUGACGACAUUGAAGCAGACAUCUGGAUCCCAAACCUCCAAUUCGACGACCCCAACGACACCAACUCAAGCAUCACCGCCAUCGCACCGUCCACGUCCGGCAGCAACACCAACAACCACGACACUAACAACAAUAACCAUACCUCUGGAAGCAACAACCAGGCGUCCUCUUCAAUGUCGAGCAGAUUUAACGGCGACGACUUUUUCAAUAUUCCGGGGUUCCAUCCGGCUUCGUCGGACGAAUCUAUGCGGUUUUUCUAGAUUUGUGUAAUUAGCACGCUGUUUUUGGAGAUUGUAUAUGGCUGUCAUAUAUAGAUAUAUACCGCAUUGAUGAAUUGCAUGUCUGUAGUCUAGAGCUACUUUUUUGUUCUGUUUCUCAAGUACUUUUCUUCGAUUUUCGUACAGAAUUGUGGAGUUUUGUUUUGUCUUUUUUUGUUUUCUUUUGAACUAUCGCUAUGAUUGUGGUUCUUAGUUUAUACACUUACAUCUAAUUAAUACCGGACCGAAGGCGCCUUUGUUUCAAGAGUUUUUGGUUCUAUUUUUGAGUUUUGAUACAUA